AUAUGGGAGAGAGCUUGUCCUAUAAGAACAGGAAUAAAAAGACUGUCUUUAUGCCGGUUCUCUCUCAAUGGCCUGUUUCAUCUUGUUCGUUUUCCCUCAGUUUCAUUUCCCUCAGUGAACUUUUCUGUUUCCUAGCAUUUGAAAAAAUAGCCUUGAACUGGUGUAGCUUGUUGCUAGGUUUCAAGCUCAUUUUAUACAGCCAAGAGAGGCACUCUUUUCAGGGUUGUUUUUCCCCUCUUUUUUGAAUUUUGAAUGACGUCCUGAGGCAAGAAUUGUCCUGUUUCUUAGCAACCCAGAUGGGUUGAAUACAUUUAUGCAUUCAAACCUCUUUGUAUAACAAAAAAAGAAAGAAAAAAGAAGAGCAUAAACAUCUCCCAGAACAAACAUUGCUGUUAUGAGACUCUCCUCUCUCUCUCUGUGUGUGCUUGCUUUGCUCUAACCAGGGCUGCAAAGGGAAAAAUGUGAUCCGGCAUGAAACACUUGGGAAAGGACUUGGCUUUAGAGAGGGCAUAGAGCGGCGAAUGCAGAAUGUUCCCCAAUAUCCAUGCUGGAAACCAAUCAAAGUGUACUUUCGAUUUGAAGGGGAGAUUUGCUACGAACCUGGAGUUAGCCUUACAACGAGAUCAAGUCAAUGAGUCUCAGCCACUCACAGCCCCUCUGGAAAAGGAUAGCUGCCUAAAACAACCUCCCGAUUUCAGCUACAGGCUUUAUAUCACCCGAGGCCUUCUCAGGAAGUCGCGAGGAAAGUCGAAAGAGCUGAAAAAAAAAUCGCCCCCAAGCACGGUGCAGGAAGAGUUGCAGAGGAUAAGGUCCAAUUUAUUUUUCUCCAUCGUGGAACGCGAACAGGAGCCCAAGAUCAUUACAAGGUUUCCCCACAUGGGUCCCUACGAAGCCCAGCUAAUGUUCGUGAAGAUGGGAAAGUUCAAGAGCAGCAAAUACCAAGAUCCAAAACCAUUCGACUAUAGACAGUAUGAGCCUGAUAGACCAAAUUUUGUGACCAGCUAUGCCAGAGACCCUCUGAAUCUAAAGUUGAAAUCCCAGUGUUUAAGCAAAGUCCACGGACUCCAUCCUCUCACAGAAGAAAAGGGGGGACCCCGAUCCAAGGAAAGAUUCACCACCUGCUACAAGCCUCAAGAACUCAAGUGGGAUUCGAAGUUACUUCUGCCAAAGGAGCCUUGGCCUACUAAACCUGUUUCCUUCACAAGGCACAGAAGCCAACGAGCUGCACACAGUGCCUUUCUGGAACGUGUAGAAGAAACACUAAGCCAGCUGUGGUUGAAAGAGGCAGCCCAGAAGCAGGCCCAGGACAGAAGAAAAGCUGCAUCUAGUCUGAGGCAGAAAACGCCAAGCAUAGCUGUUUCCAUUGAGAGCGAUAUUGAGAUGCAGCAACAGGCCAGCAGGCAGCAGGAAAAAAGCCUGCAAAAAGGACGGCUCUCUCAGCCACCACCUAUGGCAACACUGGGGUUGCAGCUGUCAAUGGAUAUAAAACCAGAACCUUUGGGCUUCUUGCUGCCAAACGGCGUUGCCCAGAGUGUCGAGGAACUGAGGUGCAAAUAAUGAGGGGGAGACCACAGAACACUCUGCAAACACCUGGAUUGUAUUGUACUCAUUGCUGCUAUUCUAGUGCCAGUAGGGUUCUGUAUUGCAGGGGGAUAAAUCUCAUCCUCUCUUUAGCACAGUGAAUGCAGUAAUUGUAAAAAAUAAUAAUAAUAAACAAACAUACAUACAA